UUGGUGGUCUCCCCUUCUAAAAUCUCGCCGAGUCCACAAGCGCAUUUACCAGCAGCUCCACUCCCAUCCAUCCCCGCGACCCUCGCUGAUCUCACCACCACCCCGACCCACCCGCACCGCCCCACCAUCACAUCGCCCGCGUGAGAUUGCUACCCAAAAAUCCUCACCUCCGACGACGAAUUGAGGAGGAGGGGAGAGAGAGCUCAAAAACCCUAGGAGGAGGUUUGAGGGGCCAGAUCGAUGGAGAGCCCCGCGAAGGAGGAGGCGGGAGGGGAGCUGGCGAUGGAGAUCGAGUCCACCGUCACGGCGGAGGACUGGCGCCGGGCGCUGGCACUCGUGGUGCCCUCCGUCGUCGUCCUCCGCACCACCGCGCCGCGGGCCUUCGACACCGAGGUCGCCGGCGCCAGCUACGCCACCGGCUUCGUCGUCGACAAGUCCAGGGGCAUCAUCCUCACCAACCGACACGUCGUCAAGCCAGGGCCUGUCGUCGCGGAGGCGAUGUUCGUGAACAGGGAGGAGAUCCCCGUGUAUCCCCUGUACAGAGAUCCUGUACAUGAUUUUGGUUUUUUUCGCUAUGAUCCAGGUGCUAUCAAGUUCCUUAAGUAUGAUGAGAUCCCGCUAGCACCUGAAGCAGCAUCUGUUGGUCUGGAAAUCCGGGUUGUCGGCAAUGACAGCGGCGAAAAGGUGUCAAUUUUGGCGGGAACACUUGCUCGACUUGAUAGAGAAGCACCUUACUACAAGAAGGAUGGGUACAACGAUUUCAACACAUUCUACAUGCAGGCUGCAUCUGGUACCAAAGGUGGCUCUAGUGGUUCCCCUGUUGUUGAUUGUCAAGGAAGAGCUGUCGCCCUGAAUGCUGGAAGUAAAUCUUCCAGUGCUUCUGCGUUUUUCCUUCCAUUAGAACGUGUUGUUAGGGCACUUAAUCUGAUACGUGACAGUUGGGAAGCUUUUGGUAGCAAGCCUGAAUCUGAUUACAUUCCUCGUGGUACACUUCAGGUGACCUUUCAACACAAAGGAUUUGAAGAAACUCGGCGUCUUGGACUCAGGAAUGAAACAGAACAGAUGGUACGCCUUGUUUCUCCAUCAGGCGAGACUGGAAUGCUGGUUGUUGAUUCCGUGGUUCCAGAAGGACCUGCACAUAAACAUUUGGAACCUGGUGAUGUGCUUGUUCGCAUGAAUGAUGAGGUUGUAACACAGUUUCUCGCAAUGGAGACCUUGCUUGAUGACAGUGUUGGCAAGGAGAUAGAUUUGCAGAUCGAAAGAGGUGGUACACCUUUAACAGUAAAGUUGGAGGUUGAGGAUUUGCACUCUAUAACUCCAAAUCAUUUCUUGGAAGUUAGUGGUGCUGUGAUCCAUCCACUUUCGUACCAGCAGGCAAGGAAUUUUAGGUUCAAAUGCGGUCUCGUAUAUGUUGCUGAGGCAGGGUACAUGCUCUCUCGGGCAUCUGUUCCACGCCAUGCUAUUAUUAAAAAGCUCGCAGGAGAGGAUAUUGAAAAUUUAGGGGACCUUAUUGCAUGUAUUUCAAAACUAUCUAGAGGAGCAAGAGUUCCUCUUGAAUAUGUAAAGUACACCGACCGUUAUAGGAAUAAGUCUGUACUGGUGACCAUUGAUCGGCAUGAAUGGUAUGCGCCUCCUCAGUUAUAUACUCGAAAUGAUGCAACUGGCUUGUGGACUGCAAAAUCAGCUAUACCGCCGGAAUCUCCUUUUAUAGCUUCAGCUCAUCAUGCUGGUCCUAUUGAUGCAAACUCCAAUUCUGUUUCAUCUUUACCAGAAUCUAGUCCUAUGGAUCUCAAGUGCCAGCAUGAGUCUGAGAAUUUGACAGAUGGAUGCAUCAAAACACAAACUGAUGAUGAGAUUAAUGUAGAUGGAUCCCACUCGAGUGAAGAUUCUCUUGUUGAGAAAAAAAGGCGGCGGGUGGAUGAGGAGAUAGCUGCUGAGGGAACGAUAUCAUCUUCUGGUGAUUUAGAUGAAAUAAAAGGUGGUGGUUUGAGGCAUCUGUCUAGUGUUGAUGGUUCUGACCUUGCUCGAACAAUAUCAAGUAAUGCAUCAUUGGCAGAACAAGUAAUUGAACCAGCCCUUGUAAUGUUUGAGGUGCAUGUACCACCAGUGUGCAUGCUUGAUGGAGUGCAUUCGCAACACUUCUUCGGAACUGGUGUAAUAAUAUAUCAUUCGGACUGUCUGGGUCUGGUUGCUGUUGAUAGGAAUACAGUUGCUGUAUCUAUCUCUGAUAUAAUGCUUUCUUUUGCUGCAUAUCCCAUUGAAAUACCUGCAGAAGUCGUUUUUCUGCAUCCCGUUCACAAUUUUGCAUUGGUUGCUUAUGACCCUUCUGCACUAGGAGCUGGAGCAUCAGUUGUCCGGGCUGCUAAGCUUCUUCCUGAACCUGCCUUGCGCCGAGGAGAUUCUGUCUACCUAGUUGGGCUAAGUAGAAGCUUGCAGGCUACAUCAAGGAAAUCAAUCAUAACUAAUCCCUGCACUGCUGUUAAUAUUGGGUCAGCUGACUGUCCACGGUAUCGUGCAAUUAAUAUGGAGGUCAUUGAGCUCGAUACUGAUUUUGGUAGUGCAUUUUCGGGUAUAUUGACGGAUGAGCAAGGAAGAGUUCAAGCAUUAUGGGCAAGCUUUUCCACCCAGGAACAUUUAUUCAAAAGAAAAAAAGAAAGAACAAAACGCCGUCUUACACGGAAGCUGAAAUAUGGUUGUAGCAGUUCGGAGGAUCAUCAAUUUGUUAGAGGUAUACCAAUAUAUGCAAUAAGUCAAGUCCUUGAGAAGGUAAUCUCUGGUACUCCUGGACCAUUUCGUAUUAUCAAUGGAGUUAGGAGGCCAAUACCAUUCAUCAGACUUCUGGAGGUGGAACUCUAUCCAACUUUGCUUUCAAAGGCAAGAAGUUAUGGAUUGAGUGAUAGCUGGGUGCAGGCUCUAGCUAAGAAGGACCCUGUGCGAAGACAAGUUUUGCGGGUCAAAGGUUGUUUGGCUGGAUCCAAAGCAGAAAAUCUCCUUGAACAGGGAGACAUGAUCCUUGCUAUCAAUAAGGAGCCAAUUACAUGCUUCCUAGAUAUCGAGAAUGCUUGCCAGAAAUUGGACCAAUCUGUUGAUUCAGAUGGAGUCCUUAACAUGACAAUAUUCCGUCAGGGAAAAGAAAUUGAUCUUAUUGUUGGAACCGAUGUAAGAGAUGGCAAUGGAACAACACGGAUGGUGAAUUGGUGUGGAUGCAUAAUCCAGGAUCCUCAUUCAGCAGUGCGCGCACUUGGUUUUUUGCCCGAAGAAGGUCAUGGAGUUUAUGUUGCUAGAUGGUGUCAUGGAAGUCCCGUACAUAGAUAUGGUCUCUAUGCUCUGCAGUGGAUAGUGGAAGUUAAUGGGAAGCCAACUCCAGAUCUUGAAACUUUUAUACAAGUGGUGAAGGGAUUGGAAAAUGGUGAAUUUGUUAGGGUGCGGACCGUCCAUUUGAAUGGCAAACCUCGUGUGCUUACUUUGAAACAGGACCUUCACUACUGGCCGACCUGGGAGCUCAGGUUUGAACCAGAGACUUCCACAUGGAAGAGGGGAAUAAUAAAAGCGUUGCAAUCAACUGUAGCGUGAUCAACUAUGUUUGUGUUUGAACUCUUCAUGCUCUCAGAGGGUGUUCCUUAGGGAGCCUAAGCAUGGAGGUGCGGAAAUGGGGAAUGCGUGCCCAACUGCCCAUGUUGGUAAGCUAGAAUCCUGCGUAAUGCAGGAUGGAAUGGUUGGCAUUAGGAUAGGAUGCUUGAAGUUGAAGGAUAUAGUUAUUCAUAGAAAAAUAUAUGGAUUCAUUGCCUGUGGAUAAUUAGACCGCAGCAUCUGCUUUUUGUAUAAUCUAUUCUAUUGCUACAAUUUUUGCAGUAAUAAUAAAUCUUUAGCUCUUUAGCGACCAUAUAA